GUUCGCCCCCCGCAGGAACAGUAUACCCGUACCUUCCCCCCAAGAGACGACGAAUCCCAUUUUUUGGAAAAACCAUCUGCAGGUCUUUCGCCCGUCCGCCGCAUAAGCACUGAAGGGUACGCAUACAGCUGAGUACAUCCUCACCAAGUCAGUCACUCGCGUGCUUGGCACAAACGUGCAGAGGUCGCCCCAUCAGCCUACAUCGCUUCCUCCCCAAGCGGACACCAUGGAAAACACCGCUGCGCAUUUGCGGCUGCUCAAAAUAAACCACGGAGCCGUCCGCAGGCUCCUCAAGGAGCUAACCUACUACGAGAAGGAGGAGGGCGACCUGCGCGCCAAAGUGAGCUCCCUCAAGGAGCAGAACAAACCCGCCGCAGAAAUCACCCGCGCGCAGGAAAUGCUUAAAGAAACGGAGCGGGUUGUGCCCCACAUAAGGUCUUCCCUACAAGGCAGCCUAAAGAAGCUCUGCAGCCACAUCUACGAGCAUUUUUCGAGUGUACUUCUAACAGAUGAGAAGACGGUUCAGUUCUGUGCCACUCAUUCGGAGGAGACGUUGAAGGAGAUGCUCUCGACUCACUAUGAGGAGAUUUGCAAAGAAGUGGAUGCACUGAACGAGACGUUGGGGAAGGUCCUAUUGUAUAUGAAGCAGGACGCCCUCCCCGUGUGCACCCCGCCCCCCAGCGCGGCUGUUCCCCUCUCGUGCGAUGAGCCCAUCGAGUGCGUGGACAUAUAAGCGGCAUGGCGGAUGGCAACAAAUGGG